AUGGAAUCCCAGAGGUUGCACUCACAGUUAAAUUACCUGAAUGCUGAAAUUGCUCAGUCAAAGUCACUGAUAUCCCAGGAGCAAACUGCAUUAAGAAAAGAGUUAGAACAGAUUAGAAAAGUCAAGGACAAUCCAUCUAUUGGUCUUGAAAAAAGAAAGCUUCUUCGAAAAAAUUUUUCCAGCAGAAGUCAAACUUUUAGUCAUAGCUUAUCCUUGGAAACGCAAGCUAUGCAGUCAAGGUUCCGCUCAUUAUCAACCGGCCAAGCCCCCAAGCGGAGCUCUCAGCUUAACCCACUUAGUAUACGACGCAGGAGUAAGAGCACUACUUGUCCACCACUUCGUGUAGGAGUGGAUGAGUUGUCAGGGGCGUUUUACGCCAUGAACAGUGUUGAAGGUAAUGGCCAACAAGGUGAUGCCAGAUGGCAAAAGAAGCGAAGUUUCAGCACGAGUACCCAAGCUCAAAUUUCGGAAUUAGAAACAGGUGCCAACACAAAAACUAACGGAAUUACUGACACCGAAAGAGCUGAUUCUGAGGUGUUAACCGAUACAAAGACUCUGAAGUGGGAGAGAUCCAAUAGGUUGGAAAACACCAAAAACUGUAAUCUCGAACGUGGCGGCCCUCGGCUAAUUCCCAUAGAUUUCAGGCAUGAAAGGGGCAGCAAUGCUCCGGGAAAGCUCCUCCCAACUCGAAGAGUACGAAGUUACAGCACAAAUAGCACACCCAUCAUUUCAGAAGGAAAAGUGGUUGGCCUAAGCGGCAAAACAACUACAGUUCCUCUGCAGUGUGUUGAUGCAGCAAGACAGAGACCAAGAUGUUGGAACACAUCUUGUAUCUCCAAGACGAUCGAAGAGAGAAGGUUGGGUGUGCUUCUUGACAGCCCUGUUAUGAAAACAGAACGUCGACAGAGUACUCCCAUUCCGGUGAACAGAAGGCCAAGAAGUCUUAGCACCAAUUGCCCUCCCGUGAUUUUAGAGCGGAGAGGAACUACGCAAAACAACAAUUGUUUGGAGCCAUUCGAAGGUAAUGAAGGAAACUUGCCAAGCUUCGAAAAUAAGGAGAAAACUAUUUCCAAAGAGCAAGUCCAAAACAGUGCAGCGCUUCCGGAAACAACAAAUGGCUACAAUAACACUCCGAGCAGCUUACAUCCUCUAUAG